CAUACAUUUGUUACUUACAUGCAUAUAUAACUCUAUACUUCCCUAAGAAUUAGAAAACAGUAUCCCACAUCUCUCCUCAUCCAUAUUAGUCAUAAAUUUCUAAUUGAUACUUCUCAUCAGAACCCCAAAUGGAUCACAAGCAUCUACGAACAUCUCCCAAAUGUAUCAUAACCAUCAUUUACGUCGUAUCAAUCUCUCAUCUCAAUGCCCAUUUUAUAACUUCAUGCAAACAAACCCCAUACCCUAGCGUCUGCACCCACCACAUAUCCAAUUCACCUCUCGAAGUCAAAACUUUAGAAGACCAAACCGAUGGGUUGACUUUUCACGACCUUGUGGUCAGCUCCACCAUGGACCAGGCCGUGCAACUACACUGCCUCGUCUCUACCCUAAAAAAGCGUCGUUCUCUCCACAAACAUGCUAGGUCAGCUAUGCACGACUGCCUGGAGCUCUACGAAGACACCAUAGACCAACUCAACCACACUCGGAGUUCGCAAUAUUCGUCCAUGCAUGAUAGAAAAACCUCGUUAAGCGCAGCCAUAGCUAAUCAAGACACUUGCAGAAACGGAUUUAAAGAUUUUAAGUUGAUCUCUUCGUAUUCGAAAUAUUUCCCAAUACACCAUCACCGGAACCUCACUAAGUCUCUAAGCAACUCUUUGGCAGUUACUAAGGCUGCGGCUGAGGCAGUUGCCGAGAAGUAUACAUCGACGGGGUUCACCAAGAAUAACAAACAAAGAAAUAGCAGCGGAGGUGGUGGCCACCGGAGAUUAUUGAUGUCUUCCGACGAGGAAUUUCCAUCGUGGUUCCCUCUUUCUGAUCGUAAACUUCUGGAAGAUACCACAACCACGACGAAAGCCGAUCUUGUGGUGGCUAAGGACGGUUCAGGUCAUUACACAAGCAUUCAACAAGCGGUAAACGCAGCAGCCAAACUUUCUCGGAGAAACAAGAGACUUGUGAUAUACGUUAAAGCAGGUGUUUACCGAGAAAACGUAGUAGUCAAGAAAUCGAUCAAGAACGUGAUGGUUAUCGGAGACGGGAUUGAUUCUACCGUUGUCACCGGUAAUAAGAACGUUAAAGAUGGCACGACGACGUUUCGGUCCGCUACUUUUGCUGUUUCCGGCGAAGGUUUUAUCGCACGUGGUAUAACAUUCGAGAACACGGCUGGACCGGAGAAACAUCAGGCUGUGGCUCUCCGAUCAGGUUCAGACUUCUCCGUCUUCUACGGCUGCUCUUUCAAAGGCUAUCAAGACACUCUCUACCUUCACUCUCGCCGUCAGUUCUUGAGAAACUGUAAUAUUCAUGGAACCGUUGAUUUCAUCUUCGGAGACGCAACCGCAUUCCUCCAGAACUGCAACAUCUACGCUCUCAAGCCGAUGAGCGGUCAGAAAAACACGAUCACCGCUCAAUCACGCAAAGACCCGAACGAGAACACAGGUUUCGUCGUCCAUGGCUCUACGGUGGCUACAGCGUCCGAGACUUACUUAGGACGGCCGUGGAAGUCGUAUUCGAGGACGGUUUUCAUGAAAUGUAAUCUUGGAGGGUUGGUGAAUCCGGCGGGAUUGUUGCCUUGGAACGGCGAGUUUGCUCUGAGGACUCUUUAUUACGGUGAGUAUGGUAAUACCGGCGCUGGAGCAAGUGUCACCGGUAGAGUUAAGUGGCCAGGUUACCAUGUUAUAAAGACGGCAACGGAGGCCGGAAAAUUCACGGUGGAGAAUUUCUUGGACGGAAACUAUUGGAUCACGGCUGCGGGAGUACCGGUCCACGAUGGACUUUGACUUUGUUUUUGAGUCUUUUGAUUGGUCUUUGUUGAUUUUAUGGUUUAUGUGUUUUGUUGGCGUUUGAUUGUUUUAAUAUAUUUUUUUGUUUCGCAAUUCCAUGUAUUGAAUAUAAUCCGUCCAUUUUAUAAUAUAGGAUGUUUUAGAAGUU